GUGAAAAAUGAAAUUCCUACAAGCCCCCCCGCGAGCGGUCAUUUUCGACCUUGGAGAUGUCCUCUUCAAAUGGUCGGCCAAUACAACAACGACAAUUUCACCUCGAAAACUAAAAGAAUUACUCUCAACGCCUGUCUGGUACAGCUACGAACGUGGUGAAAUCACCCGAGAUGUCUGCUACGAGCUGAGUUCUCGUCAAUUCUCCAUCCCGGCGUCUGAGAUUGCUGAAGCAUUUGCCCAAGCACGUGAAUCUCUGGAGCCCGAUGAAGCCAUCGUUGCAUUUCUUCGUAAAUUGAGGAAGGAUCCUGGCGUUCGGGUGUAUGCCAUGUCAAAUGUCGGCAAAGAGGACUUCGAGGAACUCGCAAAAAACUUAGAUUGGCUCCUUUUUGAUCAAGUGUUUACCUCAGCAGCGGCAGGAAUGAGAAAGCCAGAGCUGGGGUUUUAUCGCUAUGUCCUGGGCCAGAUCGGCUUGAGAGGCAAUGACGUAGCUUUUAUUGAUGACAAGGAGGAAAAUGUGCAUGCAUCACAAGAAUUGGGCAUUAGAGGAUAUGUGUUUGAAGAGUCGACACUACAAACUUUAACUGAGUUAUUCGAUAGUCCAGUCAGUAAAGGUUGGAGGUAUCUAUUUCAGAAUGGGAACGAAUGUGACUCAAUCACUGUGAGCGGAAUUACUUUCGCGGACAAUUUCGCAAAGCUGCUGAUCAUGGAUGCAUUGCAAGAUCAAACUCUCGUAGAUCUCAGUUGGGGUUCUAAAGAGACGUGGAAUUUCUUUGCUGCACAUCCAGCGGCUAACGAAGAUGUAUCUUUAGGAGAAACAGUACUUGUCCCAGGAGGUUUUUUCCCUGAUGAUCUUGACACUACGUCACUUGCUCUGACAGCUCUCCGGCCUUUAUCGACCCAGACUGUCUCAUCAAUUCUGGACACCAUGGCCGAUUAUGUCAACGAUGACGGUACUUUCCAGACGUAUUUCGACCGUGAUAGAAAGCGAGUUGACCCUAUUGUCAGCGCGAACGUCCUCGCUUGCUUUUACACUUAUGAUCGCGGCCACAAGUUCGAAAAUACACUACAGCUCAUACACUCAAUGCUUCUGGAUCGCUCCUACAUACAAGGAACUCGUUACUAUCCUUCUCCAGAUUGCUGUCUAGGCUUUAUUGGACGCUUGCUCCGCUCAUCAAGUGAUCCACAUCUGCAGAUGACCUUAGGACCACUCUUGAAGUCACGAGUGCGUGAGCGCCUUGGUCUAGAAGGUAACGCAUUGGAUCUGGCCAUGCGUAUCAUUACAUGCAUCCAGAUGGGAGUUGAUUGUGAAGAAGAUCGCUGCGCUUUGCUCAAGUUGCAGUGCGACGAUGGAAGCUGGGAAGCCGGUUGGAUGUAUCAGUAUGGAACGAAUGGCAUGAAGAUUGGGAAUUGUGGGGUAACGACGGCAAUGGCUGUUGCGGCACUGUCGUGUUAAAAUAUAGCCAGUGUAGAAAGAUACAAUCAAGAGCCGCGAGUAUAUAGGACUAUCUACAAAUAGAUACAAAAUUUGGAGGGAGUUUAUAGUUUUUAAAAGAGGAAUAUGAAUCAUAAAAA